GAGAGGGGAGGGGGGAGCGGAGCCGAUCGGAGACGGCCGCGGCGCUGCAGAGCGGCUGGGGCGGCGGCGCGGCUCCCGGUGCUCCCCCCGGCGCCCGCCCCGCGUCGGUGAGGGCCCGGCCUGGAGGCCCGGAGCCAUGGGCUGCAUCGGCUCCCGGACCGUGGGAAAUGAGGUGAUUGCUGUGGACUGGAAGGGCCUGAAGGAUGUGGACCAAAUCAACAUGGACAGCACCAGCUCGCUGCACGGUAGCAGCCUUCACCGGCCAUCCACCGAGCAAACCCGGACAGACUUCUCCUGGGAUGGCAUCAAUCUCUCCAUGGAGGACACCACUUCCAUCCUUCCGAAGCUUAAGCGAAACUCGAACGCCUAUGGCAUUGGGGCCCUGGCCAAGUCAUCGUUCUCAGGGAUUUCGAGAAGCAUGAAGGACCACGUGACAAAGCCCACAGCCAUGGGGCAGGGCCGGGUGGCCCACAUGAUUGAGUGGCAAGGCUGGGGGAAGACACCAGCCAUUCAGCCGCAGCACAGCCACGAGGCCGUCCGCAGGGACACAGAUGCCUACUCCGACCUCAGCGACGGCGAGAAGGAGGCCCGUUUCCUCGCAGGUGUCAUGGAACAGUUUGCUAUCUCCGAGGCCACUCUCAUGGCCUGGUCUUCCAUGGAUGGUGAGGACAUGAGUGUCAACUCCACCCAGGAAACACUGGGCUGCAACUACAGUGACAACUACCAGGAGCUGAUGGAGAGUCAGGAUGCCCUCGCUCAAGCCCCGAUGGAUGGCUGGCCUCAUUCCUAUGUGUCCCAGGGCAUGUACUGUCUGGGGUCAUCGGAUGCCUGGGAAGCGAGCGACCAGUCCCUCAUUGCCUCUCCGGCCACAGGAUCCUAUCUCGGGCCUGCAUUUGAUGACUCACAGCCUAGCCUGCAUGAAAUGGGACCUUCCCAACCUGCUUCGGGAUACUCUGCUCAGGAGCCGUCGUCUUUGCUGGGGGGAGACACUGACUGGGCUCCAGGGGUGGGCGGGGUGGACCUGGCCAGGGGCCCCGCCGAGGAGGAGAAGAGGCCGCUGGCCCCUGAAGAGGAAGACGAUGCGGGGUGCCGGGACCUGGAGUCCCUCUCCCCACGCGAGGACCCCGAGAUGUCCACCGCUCUCAGCCGGAAGGUGUCUGACGUCACAUCCUCAGGCGUGCAGUCCUUUGAUGAGGAGGAAGGCGAGGCCAACAACUAGCUUCCUCCCACUCCUCACCCAGCCGUCCACUCCCGCCUGAGCGGUCUGGCUGCAACCACACCUUCCUCCUUCCCCCAGCAGCGCGCCUGAAACCUGGGCAAGAAGACCCUGAUGAGCCCAGGCGUCCUCGCCAGCAAAACGGAGGGCCGGGGUGGAAUUUUAUCCGGGCUUAUGCUGUAGAGACCACAGGUCCAGGAAUUGAGGCCCGGGCAACCGAGAUGGCCCGGAACUUCGCUUGCCUGCAGGCUUCUGGGUCUGCGGCAGCGGAGCCCCCGUGUGCAUCCCGAGCACAGGAGCGCCGUCCCCUGGAUCGCCGUUCUUUGCUCCCUGAUCUCGUCUUCCAGAAGCCUCCACUGUGGCUGUC